ACAGCUAAGUAGUGGUAUAAAGCCAAUCAACCCAGCAGAUCCGCCAUUGAUAGAUAGAAGAUUUUCUUUUCCUUUUUCAACCAUACUCCCUCUCUUCGCUUCUACACACAUCUAUCUCUUUAUCGACUCCAAUUCUUUAUGUAUGUAUGUAUGUAUGUAUGAAUGCAUAGGAGGAGAUAAAGGAACGGGGGCCGCAUGUUUGAGGAGCGAGAUGAUGAUAGUGGAGUUAGAACAACCUGGUUGUUACUCAAAGGCCUUAGUGGCUGUCAAUCUUGCUCUUGCUUUUAUUGACUGCGUUAUUGCCGUUCUUGCAUAUUAUCAGUUGAUGAGGAUUCAUUCUAGGACUCCACAUAGAGGCUGGACUCGCCAGAAAGUGUUCCAUCUAAUGAUUGGUUUUUCCAACACGGGUUAUGGUCUUUAUUUUAUAUUAACUCUUGUUGCUGCUUGUAAGAACUGGACAUGCUGGUCAAACUCUUGUGGUUUUAUUGUUAUGGCAUUGCCCAAGAUUCUAUUUCUUGCAGCAUUUCUCCUCCUUCUAUCCUUCUGGGUUGACCUCUGCCAUCAGGCAAACAAUGAAGAUGAGGAUGAAGGUAGUCCUCAGGAAGCUUUGGUAGAGAAAGCAAACAAGCCCAAUUUGAAGGUUAAUCGUCGGAGAAGAUGUUGCACUUUUCGAGUCUUCUCUGUUGGCAGUCGUCAACAAGUUGUGAUUUUGGUGACUCUGUUAAUAUUUGUGAUAAUGCUGGCAUCAGCUGCACUUAUAUGGAUUGGCCUUGGAAAGAAUCCUAUCGAUUCAGCUGUUGUGGCACGGGUGUACGUAGAUAUUUUUGCCGUUGCAAUGCUUUUACUAGGGGGCGCAUUAGCAUGCUACGGAUAUGUAUUGGUGUCAAAAAUGAGUAAAGUACGAUCUGAGAGAGCUUCUUCGGAAAUGUGGAAGGUUGCUGGACUUGCCAUGGUUUCUGUUCUUUGUUUUACUACAAGUUCAGUUGUUGCUGUUUUCACAAAUAUACCGGUGCUGUAUCAUUGUGGUUGGCGGAGCAUUGGAGGGAUAUAUGCCUCUCUUCUACUGAUUCUCUACUACCUUAUAGGUUCAUCAAUACCUUCAGCUUUUGUGUUAUGGAUAAUGAGAGAACUUCCACCAUCAGUUGCGAUUAAUGUACCCGAAGAAUCAAGAACACUAACUUUUGUCAGCGACUAUUCAGCUACAACACAACCCCAGCAUUGGACGACUAUUACGACCGCACAGAAUCAGACAUCAAGGGCAAGUCCGAUAUGACUGGAAUUCAGCAAACAACGAACAAUCUUCAUGACUGAACACGAAAAAGAAGGAAAGCGGAUGAAAAGGGCAAGUGAGAUGAAAAAGCCAAAUCUUUUACUGCCAUGUUGCUAUGAUUUUGAUAGUUUAGGUUCUCGUAAAUAUCAGCAGUAACCAUUCUGUUUUUUUGUAUUUGAAUGUAUGGGAGCCUCGGUAUCAAAAUUAGAUGUUUUGUUUAUUUUAAUCAACUUUCGUGUCUAAAAUUCGAGAA